CGGCGGCAGAAAGCUGUGCGGAUCCCGGUGUGUGCCUAUCUCCAGAGGGACGCCGGAUAAUCCACUCGGACCUUCAGCGGGGUGGAUCCGUCUACACAUAGAGAAAAAGCCACUUUUCCUUUACCAGCGGGGAUUGUUAUUUACUUCACCCCAGGUGACCUGUAAUUAGUUGGAGAGAGGGAAGAGAGAAGACCAAAUGGAAGGGAAGUGGCAAGAAAGAGGAUGAGAGAGAGCGAGCAGGACCCUACGAUUCCACAUGAACUAUGGGAGCCCCUAACUGUGCCGGCUUUUGAUUCAAAAAGAAUAAAGAGGAUUUUGCCGUGAAGAAGGCCAACAGGAUUUUGACAUUAUUUCCGUUUCUUGCCCUGUAGUGGGGUCCUCCCUUUCUUUGAGUAGAACUAGUAAUGAUAAUACUCUGAACAUAGGUCUUUAUAUGUCCCUUUUCUUUCCUUUCUCCCCUAACCCUCUGCUACUUAUUACAAAGUAAUCACCCACUGCCAUGGAGAAGACAUACUCACUAACUGCCCACUAUGAUGAAUUCCAAGAAGUGAAAUAUGGUGGUCGCUACAGCAGUGAUAUCCUGAGCAACGGCAUGACCCUUCACCUCGGGGGAAGCCUGGACCGCCAUGUGGCACGAGGCCGGGGGGGCACCUGGUCAAACAGUCGAAACAGAGAUCUAAGCAGCACCAGCAGCAGUGGCGGACUUCCACGAUGGAGCCGGAGAGAGAUCUGCCUCCUCUCUGCCCUGGUAUUUGCGGCUGGUAUGUGUGUUAUCUUGGGCAGCAUGCUGGCACUCAAAUACAUUUCCCUUGAUGCUCAACAGGACCCACAGUGUCGACAGGACUGCCAACGCAAACGUUCCCUUCUGCGGGCAGCACGCUUUGUUCAGGCAAAUAUUGACCCAACCAUCCAGCCCUGCUGGGACUUCUACUCCUUCGCUUGUGGUGGCUGGCUGAGACGCCAUGGCAUCCCUGAGGAUAAGCUUAGUUAUGGUAUCAUCACUGCAAUAGGUGAGCACAACGAGGAGAAACUACAGCGCCUUCUGCUGGAGCCAAUACAUAGGCAUGGGCCCAACUCGGCAGAACGCAAAGUCAAGGAAUUUUAUCGAUCCUGCGUCAACAUCCAGGAGAUAGACAAACUGGGCUCCAACCCCAUGAUGGAGGUGAUAGACAGCUGUGGGGGGUGGGACCUGGUAGGAGCUCCUCCUUCUCCUGCUGGAUGGAAGAGAGAGGAUGCCCCUCAGAGGAUGGACAUCAAUGAGUUGCUGUACAGGACACAGGGAGUGUACAGCACCGCCGUGUUCUUUUCCCUCACUGUCAAUGUGGAUGACAAAAACUCAUCCAGGAAUGCCAUCAGGAUCGAUCAGGAAGGACUCACACUGCCUGAAAGAAGCCUUUACCUGGGACAGGAUGAGGACAGUGUCAAGAUUUUGGUGGCAUACAAGUCCCUGAUGGAGCGGUUGCUGAGCAUGCUGGGAGCUCACAAUGCCACACAGAAGUCCAAGGAGAUUAUACAGCUGGAGACCCAUCUGGCCAAUAUCACUGUGUCAGAAUAUGAUGACCAAAGAAAGGACAUCAGCACCAUGUAUAACCGUAUCACCCUCCGGCAGUUACAGCGUAUCGCGCCCAGUUUUCAGUGGAAACGACUGCUGGACAGAAUUUUCCACGACAACUUUUCCGAAGAUGAAGAGAUUGUGGUUCUUGCCACCGAUUACAUCCAGAAAGUAUCCGACAUUGUCAACAACACUUCAAAAAGGGUUCUCCAUAACUACAUGUUGUGGCGUAUCGUGGCAGCACUGAGUGAACAUCUCUCCACCGCCUUCCGCAGCACCAUCCACGAGUUUUCACGGGAGAUUGAUGGGACCGAGCAACAGCUGGAACUGGGCAGACUCUGCCUCACACAAGCCAACAAACACUUUGGUAUGGCACUGGGAGCUCUGUUCGUCCAGCAGCACUUCUCAUCACAGAGCAAGGCUAAGGUACAGGAGCUGGUAGAGGACAUUAAGCACUCCCUGGACAUCCGUCUGCAGGAGCUGGACUGGAUGGAUGAAGCCACCAAGGAUGCUGCUAGAGCAAAGCUGAAGCACAUGAUGGUGAUGACAGGAUAUCCAGACUUCCUGCUCAAACCUGAGCUCAUAGAUCAAGAAUACGGGUUUGACGUGGAUGAGAAAACCUACUUCAAGAACAUUCUCAACAGUAUAAAGUUUAACAUCAAGCUAUCGGUCAAGAAGAUCCAUGAAGAAGUGGACAAGACUGCGUGGCUUCUCCCCCCUCAGGCCCUUAAUGCCUACUACCUCCCUAACAAGAACCAAAUGGUCUUUCCUGCUGGUAUUCUUCAGCCGACGCUCUACAACCCUGAGUUUCCACAGUCCCUGAACUACGGAGGAAUAGGAGCAAUCAUUGGCCAUGAGCUAACACAUGGAUACGAUGACUGGGGGGGCCAGUACGACCGCCACGGCAACCUCAAACAGUGGUGGACAGAGGAGUCCUACAGAAAGUUCCAGAAGAAGGCUGAAUGUAUCGUUAAGCUCUACGAUAAUUUCACUGUGUAUAACCAGAGGGUGAACGGUCGUCUGACGCUGGGGGAAAACAUAGCAGACAUGGGAGGGCUCAAGCUAUCGUACUAUGCGUAUCAGAAGUGGGUGAGGGAACAUGGUCCAGAGAUACCCCUGCCUGGGCUCAAGUACACUCAUGAGCAGCUGCUCUUCAUUGCCUUUGCACAGAACUGGUGUAUGAAGAGGAGAUCUCAGUCCAUCUACUUGCAGCUGCUGACUGACAAACAUGCACCAGAGCACUACAGAGUUAUUGGCAGUGUUUCCCAGUUUGACGAGUUCGCCCGUGUUUUCCACUGUCCGAAGGGUUCCCCGAUGAACCCUGUAGAAAAAUGCUCCGUGUGGUGACAUCUGCUGGUGUCAAAAUGACCUUUAUGUCCACAGCCCCUCGCACUUACAAACAUGAGCUGUAUGUGUCCCAUUCAUCAGAAUUAACAGGAUGACGUGUCUACAAAAAGUCCAUUCUUGCCUUUAAUGGAUAAAGAAGACAACUACGCAGACCAGAUUUCAAGUUGGGAAGUUGAUACAGAGGUGAUAACAGUCCAUACUAACAAAAAAAGCAUGACUCAUACAAGCAUUUAUCAUGUACAUACACAUCAUGUGAUUAUAUAUAUUUUUCUAUAUUUAAAUUUAUUUUAAAAUCAUCUAUUUUUGUAUUUUAGCAGAUAUAUCACGUACAUUUUCAUAUGAUUCAUAAGCUCUUUUGUUUUUCAUAGAUAUAUAUAGGGUUUUUUUCUCUCCUUUAUACUAUCACCUCUGAAAAGUAUCAAAAUAUCAACAUGUACAUUAUGCAUUGGCAACGACUGACCACAUUUUUAUGUGAACUAGUCAUCAAAUUUAAAAUGAACUGAGAUCAGUAGCAUCCUUGUGCCUGCCAAAAUACUGGUGUUCUUUCAGUUUGUUACAGGAAGGUUGAUUCGUGUUGCAGAGCUGCACUCUAGUGGUUGACAAAGGGAAAGGUUACUGUCCAACUGUCUUGACUGUUGUGCUGUCUGCCUGCAUUGGUCUCUUGUUACUGUGAGUAUUUGUUUGUACGGUUUAUAAGAUUUGUUAACGUUCCUCUUAAAACAAAAGAUGGUGGACUCACGGUUGUGGACAUUAUUUCUCAGGAUUUGUAGCAAAGUGCAGCAUUAAGUGGAGGACACUAUUUCUGGUCUAUUUACAUUCAACCCUCCAUCCUGAAGUACAACUGCGAAGAAAGUGGUAGAACUAUCAAACAUUGGAUUAAAGAGGAGGAAACUGUUUUGUUUGUUUUUUGUCCUCACUGGCACAUGCGGCAGGUUGAUACUGUUGGAUUAUUCAUGUCUGUGUUUUCUGGUGAACUCUGAGUAGCGGUGAGCCGUCUCUGCCCUCUGAAUGAUCUACAGCCCAGGAAUCAAGUGAGAAGGAGAUGUUUCAUCACAUAUUCACAGUAAACUCAUCAAAUAACAGAAGCCAACACUGUACAUAACAAAUGGACUGUGGUAGAUGAAGAUUCACACAUUUGUACACAGUGAUAUAAAAAAACAAAAAACAAAAAAAAACACUCUUUUGUAUAAAGACUCUGUCAAACUGCAAAUCUUUGUACAGUGGAGAAGUAUAUCAGAUGUUACGGUUGUACAGUUUGUUUUGAUGAGAGUGCAUGUUCCCCUCCCUUAUGUUCACAACUGACCAACAUUCAGUUCUGAGAUCAAACACACAUUAACACACACUCCACAGCUGCUAGUUCACAUGUGGCUGCUAUCUUUUCCUCUCUGUUGGUCGCUGUUUAAUGUUAUGAAUAAAUACAAAGGCUCACUGUG